GCGUGCGCGGUCACGAGAGCAGCGAGUGGGAGUUGAAGUGCUGUCACGUUCAGAUGAGCGGUCGGUGCGACCGAUUGCCGGUGGUGUUACGUUUUGCGUAAGGAAGAUGGCGGUCGUCGGGCUGCAGUUUGACGGAGCCGGCCGCGUCCGCCUGAAGCGCAGACUUUAAGUGACGCGAGUGUGUGUUUCGGAAAGAAAAAGUAGGAGCGAAUCGAGAACGGGAAGCUGUACGUCGCUGUUGCGAGCGUGAGAGUGAGUGGAGUGUGUCCGCAGUCUCUGCCUCUCUUCCCCUGCCCCUCCGGGCUUCAGGGUGCCGCUCGGGACCCUCGGGGGUGCAGGGAUGUUUUCUGUUUUGUCCUAUGGAAGACUGGUGGCCAGAGCAGUAUUAGGAGGACUUUCCCAGACGGAUUCUCGGGAUUAUAGCCUAGUUACAGCCAGUUGCGGCUUUGGGAAGGACUUCAGGAAAGGGAUAUUGAAGAAGGGAAUGUGUUAUGGAGAUGAUGCGUGUUUCAUUGCCCGGCACAGGAGCGCUGAUGUUUUGGGGGUAGCAGAUGGAGUUGGAGGUUGGAGAGAUUAUGGUGUUGAUCCUUCCCAAUUCUCAGGGACCCUGAUGCGAACAUGUGAGCGUCUGGUAAGGGAAGGACGUUUUGUACCAACCAACCCUGUAGGGAUUCUUACUGCAAGCUAUUGUGAAUUAUUACAGAACAAAGUACCAUUGUUAGGGAGUAGUACUGCUUGUUUAGUUGUUUUGGACCGUAGUAAUCAUCAGUUACACACAGCAAACUUGGGAGACUCUGGCUUCUUGGUGGUUCGAGGUGGAGAAGUGGUUCACCGGUCAGAUGAGCAACAGCACUACUUUAACACCCCCUUCCAACUGUCAAUAGCACCACCUGAAGCAGAAGGUGUUGUCCUGAAUGACAGCCCUGAUGCUGCUGACAGUACUUCCAUUGAUGUCCAGCUAGGAGAUAUCAUCUUGACAGCAACUGAUGGUUUAUUUGAUAACAUGCCUGACUACAUGAUCUUACAGGAGUUAAAGAAACUGAAGAAGACCAAUUACGAGAGUAUUCAACAAACAGCAAGGAGCAUUGCAGAACAGGCUCAUGAAUUGGCAUAUGAUCCAAACUAUAUGUCACCGUUUGCACAAUUUGCUUGUGAUAACGGACUUAAUGUGCGAGGAGGUAAACCAGAUGACAUCACUGUUCUGCUGUCAAUCGUAGCUGAAUAUACAGACUGACUAUUUCCAAGGCAUAGUCCCAUUAAUGUAAAUUUCCUAAUCCACUGUUUCCUGCUGGCAGGACCUUGUUUUCCUGACUACAAAUUUUUAAAGGCGAGUCAUUCCCACAGUACAAUUUCUCUUCAGUUCCUGUGGAUCUUUAGUACUCCAAUACUGUUUUACUCCCAGCAAGUUUCUCCAAAUAAUCAUAAAUGUCCCUUAUUAAGGGGGAAAAAUAUGAAAACCCCCUCCAGUAGAGUUCGAACAGUUUUGGUAAUUCUGAAGGAAUGUUGGUAUCUUGUCUGUAGGUUUGGUAGUGGAUAAUCUCUUGCCCGUGAAAUUAGACGUUCUAUCCAGAGAUGAGCACAGGAAUGACUCGUCUUUCCAAGGAAUGUAAAAAUAUUGAAAAUCAUUGAUAUAUUUAUGUUCACUUAAUAAAAUGCUUAGACCCCAGAAACCUUAUGGAUGUAACUUAAUUUCUUGCCUAACAGCUGAAAGGCACUGAAAACUAUUCUUGGGUGAACUAGCGUAGCUGUUCUGAAUAGUUGUGUAGAGGAUAAUUGACUAUCAACUAUUUUAACAUGCAUCCCAUGAGUGAUUAAAGCCAUGUUUAACUUUAUAUAUGAUAAAUCAGGUAACUUUUGAAAAAAGAUGUAUUCAAUGUAACUUGUUUUAAAAUGUUCCUGUACAGUCAUUUUUCAUUGUAGCUGUGCUAUGUAUUCUGUGACUUAAUUUAAAUCAUUUACAUGUACUGUGUACAUGUUAUUUUACUAUUUAAAUAGACAUGCUUGUACCAGGCAUUUCAUUUUAUAUUUUUAGUCGUAUGUAAACCAGAACAAUUUGUAUUCUAUUACUGGUUUUGCAUAAAUUGUUGGCAUUUAUGUUUAGAGUUUGGAUCUGAAUUGUUUUCAGUUUUGUCUGAAUACUUUGGAACAGAAUUGCUUUUUUUCCUUAAAUCUAGUAUUUUGGUGAACAGACAGGACAAAUGUUUUGAGCAUUCAUGGCAUAAUUAAUAGACAAACUUUUGUUAAAAGUUGCAAGUGACACAACUACAGCCUGUCUUUGUAUGAUACAAGGUAUCUCAAGGUGCUUCACAAAUUCUCAAAUUAAAAUAUAUUCUGGCAUCAUGCCAUGUAGAGAUAUUGGGUUAGGUAACCAAACAUGUCAAUUUAUGAUUUGGCAGUGCCACCAUUGAACUGGGGUGUACAAAGUUAAAAAUCUCACAACACCAGGUUACAGUCCAACAGCUUUGUUUGGAAAGCUCAUGCUUCCAAAUAAAUCUGUUGGACUAUAACCUGGUGUUGUGAUUUUUAACAUGUCAAUUUAGGUUUUAAGGAGUGUUUUUAAAAAGGUGAGAUACAGGUGUAGGAUGGGUAUUCACAUGGGAAUACAUUGUCUUCUAAUUUUUUGUCAAUCAAUUCUAAACUGUUUAAGUACAGAAAUGCAUUUACACAUUUGAAGAUUAAUUAUAUUGGCAGAAACCAUUUUAUAAAAUGAACUUCUCCCUUGUAUUUUUAUCACUACCUUAAUUGUCAAACUAAAGCUAUAAAACAACAGUUGUAGUCUUCGUUUUAAUUUAAUUCAACUUGCUUGUGACUGAGUUUACUGUAUCCACCAAAUUUUGUUCUAAGCUUUCCUACAAGUUGUACAUUUUAAGCUUUGGACAGAUUAACCCAACCUGAUGCAGAAAUUAGAGUAACUUUAGGUUUUUCAAUCAAUCAAUAUUAUUUAGGUGAGAUUUACUCUAUUGAUUGUGCACAGUAUCUAUUUCCUUGGCAGGAAAUUAAAGUGGCUUUGACAAUGUGAGGCCUUAAAUGACCAAAAUAUGUGGGGUGGGGAGGAGGGACUUGUAGAGAAUUCACUCAGAUAUUUGGUCUACUUAGACCUUUAUUUGCUGUUUUGUUUUUGAUGGUAACUUUGUAUGAAUAGAUCUAAGUGCAAACAUUAUUUUGUAAGAGCAAAGUUCAAAUUAAUUGUUUGCCACACUUGAAUGCUGGAUUGCAAAAUAAAACAAGCAUGAUUGUAUUAUUCCUCAUAGGGAAAAUACGCUUUCUCUUGGUCCUGUGUAUACCAAAGACCGGAAGAUAUUUUUCUUUCCCCACAAAACUUAUACUGUUUAAGCAAUACUGUACUGAAACAUUUUUUUUGUUUAAAAUUUGCUUGGCUAGUGCUUUAACAUUCAACUUCUACAAUGCACUAUUUUAAUUGGAAGAUUAGCUCUACUGGAGCUGAGUCAUCACUUUUAAAGAAAUGUUCCUUGUGCUUAAAUGAAUUCAAUGCUGUUGGGUUGCAGUCUUUUGACAAUAUUCUUUAAAUGCAAGUCUGUUUAAGUGUAAUUACUGCAAUAACCAGGAAAGUUGUGAAAAUUCUGAUCAAGUUGGUUUGUUUUGAAAGAAGCAUAGAAGAAUCAGUGUCUGUAUAUGUAGAGUAAUAACUUGGCAAGAAAAGGAUAUACUCCCCCUCAAUGAAAGGGGAUGUUUGAUCACCUAUGUAACUUCAGCUAGCAAUGCUUUAUUAUAACUUCAAUAUUAAAUGCAGGAAUUACUAUGUACAUAUGUUGGAAAGCUGUGCAAAAUGAUAUAUUUAA